GUUCCCCAGUAUGCUCUAGAGGUCUCCAAGGACAGCCCCGUGUACUCAAGAGCACCCUAAAGUACUCCCAGAGCUUUGUGGUGUGCUGUACGAUGCCUCAUAAUGGCAGUGAGCGAACAAAUAAAGAAACAGAUGAUUCAGACCCAUAAAUCAGAAUACAACUAAACCAGAUGAAAACUGAAGUCCAUUUGCAAUUUGGGAAUACGCAGAGUAGUGACGUAUCUUGAUGUACUGCAGGCAUUACUUUGGCCAUGCUAAAUAAAGCUGUAAUAGCUGGCACUGCAGGAUGUUUGCACGUUGCUAGCAUCCGGCGGCCUGAUCUGUAGGUGGAGGGUGGAGGAAGUUUGAUAUGCAAAUGACUUCUCUGUUGGGUCAAUCUGGAGGAUAUAAAUAUUGACAGAAUUGUAUCAAACAGUUCACUACAAAAUCACCCUCUCCAAAGAAAAAUGGAAUUAUUUUACGGUCUGACAUUAAUAGCAGGAAUUCUACUUGCUUUUUUAUUAUUGAUUUUAAUUGAAGCCUCUUAUCAUUCCUUCAAGGCAAAAAUUCCUCCUGAAGUUGACCAGCCAUCAAAGCUCAGCUUCUAUAAUUGGCUUUUUACUAUGGUUGAAAUUCUGGCAAAUAAAUCGGCGAGUUUGGGUAUCUGCAAGAAGCACGUACUUAUCAGGAUGUUUUCUAACGGACUGAGGGCAUGGAGGGCUUCAGAGCUCCUCAUAAAGGAUCUGCACUUUGGUGAGGUGCCAGUGAGGAUCUACCUCCCAAGAUCACCAUCUGCCAGCAAACGGAGAGGAGUCGUCUUGUUCCAUGGAGGAUGUGGGAUGUACGGAAGCAUAAAAAGCCAUGAAAGAAUAUGCCAGCACAUAGCCAAAAAGUCUGAUUCCGUGGUGGUGUCAGUUGGGUACCGCUUGGCUCCUGAGCACAGUUUCCCAACCCAAAGCUUGGACUGUGUCACUGCCACCAUCCACUUUUUGAAGACUGCCAAGAACUACGGCGUGGAUCCCGAUCGGAUCAUUGUAUGUGGGGACAGCGCAGGGGGCACUUUUGCAACAACUGCUUGCCAAGAACUUGUGAACAGAACAGACAUCCCGAAGAUACGUGCCCAGAUCUUGAUCUAUCCAUUCCUCCAAAGCUUGAACUUCAACCUGCCUUCUCAUCAGAAGAGUGCUUCCAUUGGCUUGCUGUCCCUGGAACGGAUGGUCUGUUUCAUUCUGAUGUACCUGAGAAAGGAUUGCUCUUUGAUGGAAGCUGUCUUGGCAGGUUCUCACGUUCCUGAGAGCAUGAAUUUGAAAUAUGGGAAAUGGAUAGAUCCAGAUCUUAUCCCAGAGAAAUUUAAACAGGACUACAAGCCACCAUUACCUGCCUCAUACAUACCCCAGGUCCAUGAGGAAACGAAAGAAAUGUUUGAGACAAGGUUUUCACCACUCUUAGCAGAAGAUGCUGUUGUUGGCUGCCUACCUGACACCUGUAUUAUCACCUGUGAGCACGAUGUGCUCAGGGAUGAUGGGCUGCUGUACAAGAAGCGGCUGGAAGACAACAAUAUCAAGGUGACCUGGCACCACAUUGAAGAUGGCUUCCAUGGUGUGCUGUGCUUUUUGGGUUAUGGCAUUUUCUCUUUUCCCUCAGCAAGUAAGAUAAUGGAUCACAUUGUAAACUUUAUAAAAGGCUGUUAAAAAUGUCUCCUUCAAUACACUGAACUACUAUGCA